AUGGAAGAAUGGUUUGCAGAAAUUGAAAGCCAAUGUUCAAAGGCAGAUACGGAACAGCUAGCAGUUAAGUAUAGGUUGGUAAAGCCAGGACCUUUAAGUAUACUUAAUUGGGACCGGCAUGUCCAAUCACCACAAGAUGCAUAUCAUUCCAUGGCUGGAAAAAUGCGUACUCUUUUAGAGGCAACAUUUAAUGCAUUUAAUCUAAAUGGUGAAAAUGCAUUUCUAAAACACUGGAAGAAUAUAGAAAAACCUACUAAUUG